GCGGGCGCAGGCUGGGCUCCAGCGGAGGAUGGGGAGGGGGUGUCGGAAACGGCGGUGGUGAGGCUGGGAGUCUGGGGGUGCCGCGGGGCCAGGAGCUGGCAGCACGAACACCAAAAGGCUCAGUGUGGUUGCAAAGUUGGGAUCGCGUCCGCAAGCAGCACGCCCCGCGCGGCUCAAAACGCGCCCCCCGCCCCGCCCCACUCCAACGCCCCCCCCCCCCACUCCAACGCCCCCCCCCACGCCUGUGUGCCGCGGAGCUAAAAAUAACACCCCUGCUCGCCCCCCGCAGACCGCGACCCCGACCCCUCCCCCACUGGGCGUGGGGCUAAGCCACAGCUCCCAAUUCCCCAAAAGAAAAAAAGAAAAAGAAAAGGCGGCGCAAGGAGGGGGGGGGAGCGGGGGCGGGCCGGGGGCGGGGGGCCCGGCCAUAUGGAUGUGAUUUCUACGCUCCGAGGCAGACGGGCCGCUCCGCAGUGCUCGGCGCCCGCCCGCCGCCCGCCCGGCCUCCGGCUGCCUCCCGCCCUCCCGCCCUCCCUCCUUCUCUCCUUCCUCGCGCUCGCUAGUCCUCAGCGCAUGGGCCCCGCGCCGGACCCGGGGGCCUCGGGUCGCCGGGCCGCCGGGGUCCCCUAGGCUGGGGCGUGGGCGUGGCGGUCGGGCCUGACGCAGCUCUGCACCCCUUCAUCCCUCCCACCCCCAGGGCCCGCGGCGGCGGCUACCCCGAGGGACGCGGCCCUAGGCGGUGGCGAUGGGGGCCGCCAGGAUCGCGCCCGGCCUGGCGCUCCUGCUCUGCUGCCCCGUGCUCAGCUCCGCAUACGCGCUGGUGGACGUGGAUGACGUCAUGACCAAGGAGGAGCAGAUCUUACUGCUGCACCGAGCCCAGGCCCAGUGUGAGAGGCAGCUCAAGGAAGUCCUGAGGAGGCCAGCUGACAUAAUGGAGUCAGACAAGAGAUGGACAUCGGUGUCUGCAUCAGGGAAGCCCGGGAAAGAGAAGACAUCUGGGAAGCUCCACACAGAGUCCGAGGAGGACAAAGAGGUGCCCACUGGCAGCAGACACCAAGGGCACCCCUGCAUGCCUGAGUGGGACCACAUCCUUUGCUGGCCACUGGGGGCACCUGGUGAAGUGGUGGCUGUGCCCUGUCCCGACUACAUCUAUGAUUUCAAUCACAAAGGCCAUGCCUACCGCCGCUGUGACCGCAACGGCAGCUGGGAGCUGGUACCCGGGCACAACCGGACGUGGGCCAACUACAGCGAGUGCGUCAAGUUCCUGACCAAUGAGACGCGUGAGCGGGAGGUGUUCGACCGCCUGGGCAUGAUCUACACCGUGGGCUACUCCGUGUCGCUGGCAUCCCUCACUGUGGCUGUGCUCAUCCUGGUCUACUUUAGGCGGCUGCACUGCACACGCAACUACAUCCACAUGCACCUGUUUCUGUCCUUCAUGCUACGCGCCGUGAGCAUCUUCAUCAAGGACGCUGUGCUCUACUCGGGCGCCGCCCUCGAUGAGGCCGAGCGGCUCACCGAGGAGGAGCUGCGCGCCAUCGCCCAGGCGCCCCCGCCCCCCGCUGCCACCGCCGCCGGCUACGUGGGCUGCCGCGUGGCUGUGACCUUCUUCCUUUAUUUCCUGGCCACUAACUACUACUGGAUUCUGGUGGAGGGGCUGUAUCUGCACAGCCUCAUCUUCAUGGCUUUCUUCUCAGAGAAGAAGUACCUGUGGGGCUUCACAGUCUUCGGCUGGGGUCUGCCUACCACCUUCGUGGCUGUGUGGGUUGGUGUGAGAGCCACCAUGGCCAAUACCGGGUGCUGGGACUUGAGCUCCGGGAACAAGAAGUGGAUCAUCCAAGUGCCCAUCCUGGCCUCCAUUGUGCUCAACUUCAUCCUCUUCAUCAACAUUGUCCGGGUGCUCGCCACCAAGCUACGGGAGACCAAUGCCGGCCGGUGUGACACGCGGCAGCAGUACCGGAAGCUGCUCAAAUCCACCCUGGUGCUCAUGCCGCUCUUUGGCGUCCACUACAUCGUCUUCAUGGCCACACCGUACACCGAGGUCUCAGGGACGCUCUGGCAAGUCCAGAUGCACUAUGAGAUGCUCUUCAACUCCUUCCAGGGAUUUUUUGUCGCCAUUAUAUACUGUUUCUGCAACGGGGAGGUGCAGGCUGAAAUCAAGAAAUCUUGGAGCCGCUGGACACUGGCCCUGGACUUCAAGCGCAAGGCCCGCAGCGGGAGCAGCAGCUACAGCUACGGCCCGAUGGUGUCACACACGAGUGUGACCAACGUAGGCUCCCGUGCGGGACUCGGCCUGCCCCUCAGCCCCCGCCUGCUGCCCGCUGCCACCACCAACGGCCACCUCCACUUGCCUGGCCACACCAAGCCGGGGGCCCCAACCCUCGAGACCGCGUCACCUGCCACGGCUGCUCCCAGGGACGACGGGUUCCUCAACGGCUCCUGCUCGGGGCUGGAUGAGGAGACCACCGAGCCUGAGCGGUCACCUGCCCUACUGCAGGAAGAGUGGGAGACAGUCAUGUGACUGGGGACCUGGAGGUUGGACCUGCAGACACAAGGGGGGGUGGACAGAUGGACCGAGAGACGGGUGAUUGGAUGGUUGCCCACUCAGGGCUGGGACCAGGAGGAAAAAAAAGAAAGGAAAAGGGAAAAGGAAGCAGUGCAUGGCUUCCAUUGGUCUGAACUGGGGACUCACCC